CAAAGUGCAUACAGCUAUAUAUUGAUGAAGGUAUGCGCACGUUCUUGAAGGGAAAAGUUCCUUGCAAUUUUUGCUGCUUCGUUCACGUCAGAAAAAAGCUUGGAGUUAUUGUGAUAUGAAUUUUGAGGAUGGCAAGAUCUCUAUAAAUGCAACAAUCGCGCGUAUAAACUUUCUCAAAGUAAUCCACUAUCGUUUUUAAUACAUGAUUACGAAAAAUUUAAUACAUGGCUGAUUACGAAGAGGAUAACAUAGCAUUAGAAAAAGAAAUGGAUGCUCAAGAAGCAAACGUAUGUUGCAAUAAUGGUGUUAAGGAUCACAACACAUGGACAAUAACAUCUAUAACAAAAACAGAACUAUCAGAGGAACUUGAUAUAAACGAAAUAGACCCAAUUACAGCAAUGGCGUUUGAAGAAGCACUGACAAGCCCAACUGAGCUACUUCCUCCGAAAGUAUUUCCACACAAUGUGCACAAAAAAGAAACGAAAGUAACAUGUUCGAGAAAAGCUAAUUACAAAGUGAAAAACAUACGAGUGCGAUGUGUUAGACUUGUCAUUCUGUUGCUUCUUUUAUCAACAUGUGUGAUGACAGGUCUCUUCAUAUGGAAAACGAUCCAUGAGAAAUCAAACAAAUUGCGAAAUGAGAAUCACAAAGAAAAAUGUUUCGCGAGAACGAAACCUGUUCGCCUAAAAAGCAUACCAAUUAACAUUAUGGAUUACGCAAACAGUUGGAAAGAAGAAAUAAAGAAAAAAAUGCGACUUCAAAAACAAAGUGUAUUUGUGGCGAACAUCGUGUACUAUGAUCAAGUAAUUUGGGAAGUGAAAUUUAAACUCAGCAAUGAGACGAAUGAAAUCACCGAAGAAAAAAAAGAAAAGUUAUUUCCAGUUGCCAGUUUAACAAAAGUAAUCACAUCGUUACUCUCUUAUAAGCUAUAUAACUAUGGGAUUAUUGGUCUGGAUGAUCCUUUAACAAAAUACGAGCCUCAGUUCUGGGUGAGAAAUCCUUUUAAAAAUGAUAAUGGCAGUGGAAUAACAAUACGAGAGCUAAUUACGUAUUCUUCAGGCUUAUCUCGAGAAGCCCCGUGUUAUAUUGAUAAUUUACACAACUAUUGUCCACAUAAUACAUCAUACAUUCUGCAACAAUUAAGGAACGAUAAAUCACAUCUGUUGUACGAACCUGGUUCAAGUAUUUUAUAUGGAAAUCUUCCCUUUGCAUUGGCUGGGCACGUGGUCACCAAAAAUUAUCCACGGGGAUACGAGAAAUGUGUACAAGACCAAAUUUUCGAACCUCUAGGAAUGAAAAGGUCCACAUUCGAACUAAAGAGCUUAAAUGAGAUGUAUUUACCAAGUGAAGUAAAUAAGCGAAUACCAAAAUUUAAGAACUGGGGAUGGCUUAAUCCAGCAGGCGGUUUGGUUACAACAGUCCAUGAUUUGGCUCAGUUGGAGAUCGGCUUGUUUAACAACAGUAAUAACGGAUAUCUAAGACCAGCAAUAUUGGACGAAUUCUUUACUCCAGCGUAUAUUUUCUCAAACGGAAAAAAGAUGGUAGGAUCAUCAUGGGAUAUUUAUUUCAAAAAAGGUUACUUGUAUUAUGAAAAAAGUGGAUACAUAUAUGGUUAUUCGAGUAGUAUGCACCUACUGCCAGAUCUACGCCUAGCUGUAAACAUUCUGUCAACAUCACAAAAGGCUCACGUGACUAUAACGAAAAGAAUACCCGAGUUAUUUCACAUGUUUCACGAACAUCUCAUAAAAAUGCCUCAAAACAAGCACGAAGUUCCUACAUCGAAUGCAGAACAAUACGUCGGUGUUUACUACACAGAUGAAUUAAUAACCCUCCAUAAUGUGCCAGUAACAGUUUCAAUUUCCAAAAAAGAAAAUGCAACUCAUAGUUAUCUACAAUUUAGAAUUCUUGAUUACAAAUUCCCCCUAAUAUAUUGUGGUGAUCAUACAUUUAAAAUGAUUCGUGUGAAGAUGUGUAAGAAUUUCUUCCUCGGUGUUAAUGGUGAAAAGUUGUAUUUUAAAAAGCCUUUAACACCACAUAACAAAAUCGACGAGUUUCGCAUUCAUGGAGUGCAUUUGAAAGGAAUAAUAACAUUCAAAAGAAAGCACGAUAGUAAUGACAAAUUGUAGCAGUUUUAGCAAUAUCAUCGGGUACAAUAACGAUAUUAAACUGCAUGUGAAAUUUCUUACAAGCACUUUAGCUUUGUAAUUCUUGAAAAAUUUACCUGAAAAAUAGCUUUGUUUAUUGAAAAAUUUACCAUAUAUGUAUCCAUGACCAUAGCUUUGCAACUUCUAAUGCAAUGCCUUGUUCUGUAAUGAUUGCUUCGAUUCAAAUGCGAUCAAAGAGAUGAAUUUUCAACGGAUAAUACAAAUAAAAUUUUUUCACGCAUACAAGUUGCUCUAUCGUUUAGCAAGUCAGUGAAACUGAUAAUACUUAAUUGUGUUUCAAAAUAUUGAAUUAGAAGUCGCAUUGCAUGAUUUCAACUUAAAAUAAAACAUUGUAAAAUAAGCAAAAUUAUGUAAACAUAAAUAUAUAUAUUCGACGACAAAGAGAGUAAGAAAAACGUGUACCUAAUUGUCCACGUGUGACUGUCAGAGACAUAUAUACAUAACAAGUCAACGUGACAACUUGACCGUCAGAAAGAUAGCAUGUAUAGUUAGCUAUCUCGUAAAUAUUUAUAAUUUAGGUUAAUUUAUAACUUUAUAUGGAGUGUAAUAAUAAUUGAAAAAAUAUACAGAAAGAGGAUUUUUUCCAUUUGAUAAGUCUAUGAAAAUGACUUAUCAUUAAACAGAUCUGACGUAUCAAACAUACUUCGCUUGUGAAAACUUACACGAAAUUAUAAAUGUUUUUCUCGUGAA